ACCUAAAAACGCGUCCAUGUUUUGCCGACCUUGGUUUGGGAAUUUCGUUUCAACGGAAAAACGAAAUUUUAAAUCUUUUUUUCAAUAUUAUAAACUUGUGAUGUAAAUCUACGACACAAAAAGAUGCAGUAAAUUUUAACAUGAUUUGGUAGAUUCUGGAACAACUGUUAAGCGUGAUAUAAAAUGGAGAAGGAAAAAGAUUAUCAGGUCACAGUUGCACAGGAAAAGAUCAAGAAAGAUGCUGAAGUCGAAUGUGACGUUUGUGGAAAAGAACAUCCAACAGAGGAAUGUCCAGAGUUAGGAUUAGGAAAUUCCAAGUUUAUACCACAGAUUUCCAGAGCCAGAUUGACAGUCCCCCAUUUUCUAAACCCUGUGGAGUUUCCUGAUGGUGGUGUUGGCAUUUUGGCAUUGGAAACCAUUGCUAAUAAAACACAGCUGGGUCCAUUUGAAGCCAAGAAGACUAUGCAUGAUAUUGACAGAGAUGACCUGUUUGUUUUGAAGAUCUUAUCUAAAGAUGGAAGCUUUAUCAGUCUAGAUGCAAGUAGUGAGGCUCACUGUAACUGGAUGGCUCUAGUACAGGUCGCCAGAAAUGAAGAAGAGCAAAACUGUAUGGCCUAUCAAUUGGGAAUCAACAUAUUUUUUAAUACUACAAGAGAUAUAAAUAUAGGAGAUGAGCUCAAAGUGUGGUAUGCACCCCAGUAUGCUAAAAAACUCAAGAAAUCUCUGGUUCCAGAUGGCACAACAAAGUCCAUGCUUGGUGAGAUUUUAUUCACUGACCCUGAUGAGGACGAGGAAGAAGGAACAGAUGGUGAAGGAUCUAAAGAUGGAGAUUCUAGCAGGGAUUCUGCUGAAAUACAUCCUGAUGAUGUUGAAGGGGAUUACACUUGCAAACACUGUGAGGAAAAAUUUACAUCCCAGUUUCUGUUUGCCAAGCAUAUCAGAGAUCACUUAUUUCCUGUCUACAACUAUAGUGAAGGACCUCCAAGGCGUGGUAGACGACCUGUACCACUAAAAAUUGGUGAAUAUCGCAACUAUUCAUUGCCUCGAAAUAGAGGUCGAGGCCGCGGAAGGGGGCGAGGGCGUCCAAGAGGUAGCGGUGGUGCAAGAAUAUUGAGGGGUGGAACAGGUAGGAGACCUGGUCGGCCCAGGCGGUCUUCACUUAUGGCCACCGAAAGUGAAAAUGAAGAAGAAAAUGGAAUGAAAAAACAAGUAGAGGAUGAACAAAAUGAAAAUAAAAUAGAAAUUCCAGAUGAAAUGAAAAAUGUAAAAUCUGACUGUGUGAAAGAUUUAGCCAGUGUAGAGAGCGAGCAGACUGAAGUAAAAACCCCUGUGCAGUUGGUACCAGAAGAAAACAAACCAACAGAGAAAAGGAGACGAGGUAGGCCUAGAAAAAUUCAUGUUGAAACUCCUGAAGAAGCACCUAUAGCUAUUUCUCCAAAGAAAAGCCCAGAACUAAGUAUUUUAGAUACCCCUGUGUUAGAUGGGGAACGUCCUAGAAGAAGUGCCAGAGCUUUUAGAGGAUUGGGCAAGCUUGGGAAAUGGCUUAAAUACCCAGGAGAAGAUUCCUCCGAGGAUGAAGCUGUAGGCAGUUCAGAAGAAGAAGGGGUUAAAUUACCUCGUAAAAGGUUCGGAGUAGCAAUGGCAGCUACAUUAAGAAAGGCAGCACUUGAUGAAAUCACAUCCCCUGUUUCAAAAAGAAGAAGUCAAACCAACAUAGCUGAACCAAAAGCUCGGACCCCUGCAUCGAGCAAUAGUGCAUCAAACAUAAAGAAAAAUGAUUCUCCUGUAACUCCUAAAGCCAAAGUCGCUGUUGAAAAGAGUGUUGCUGAUAAAGCUAAAGAAGUUGACAACGUUGAGGUGAAAGAAAGUACUGAAAAACCAUCUGUUGAAUCUCCAAAAAAGUUUUUUGUCAUUACAAAGUCAUCAUAUGAAAUAACAGCAGAACCAGAGCAGAGCCUUGUAAACAGUGAUUCUCAGCCGGUAGAAAGUGUUGGUGAGCUUACUGUCAAUGGUGAGGAGAGCAAGGAAGAAACUGUAGCUGAGGUGGAAGAAGUUGCCAAUGUUGAUGAAUCUAUUGACAUUAAGGAAAAUAUUGAGCUAAUCAAUCGCAACGAGAAUGGUUUAAAUAAAGAAAGUGAUAUUGAAUUAGGAACAAUGGAAGAAGUGGUAGGUGUGCCCCAGCAUGAAAGAAAGAAUACCAUUGCUGAUUUGGAUGGGACAGAUGCUUUAACAGCUCUAGUCAAUGCUGCUAUUUCAGCUGAUAAAGUACCUGACCCAAUAGCCAUGGUUGCAGCAGAUUUGUAUGAGGACAGAAGCAUGGAAGAUGAUGGAGAUUCAGAUGAAUAUAAAGCAAACAUAAAGAGAAGCAACAGACCUGGUCUUUAUGUGCAUGGCGUUGACACAGCAGAAGAUGAUAGCGAAAAUGAACGUCCACACCAGCCCUUGAGGCAGAGGCGUAAAAAACGCCGUAGGGGAGAUGAUCCAGAAUUGGAAGAGUUGGAGUCAAAGACAAAAAUAGUUGAAGGUCCUAAUGGAACUGAAGAAUUUGCCUGUGGUAUAUGUAACAAACAUUUUACACAGCUCAAGUAUCUCAAACUUCACCUACCUGCACACACAGACAGGUAUAGGUGUAACAUCUGUGGGAAGAGGUUUGCAAGAAAUGAAUCACUACUGAAACACACCUGUGAUGACACAGCCAACCUAGUGGAGCAAACUGUUGAUGAAGAAGGGAAUGAUACCUUUUGUUGCAAGGAAUGUGGGAGAUCAUUCAACCAGAUCCAUUUUGCCAUUCGACACGCCUCUAUGCACAGAGCUCGAUUUACAUGUGAGAAAUGUGGACGAGUCUUUUUACGGCAGGACCUUCUUGAUGAGCAUGACUGUUCUGGUGGACAGUUAGAAGAAGGUGAAGUUUCCCAUGACGCUAAUCAUGAGUGCCAGAUUUGUAAACAGUCCUUUACAAGUGGGAAAUAUUUGUUUAGACAUAUGGCAAUGCAUACAGAUAUAUACAAGUGUGAGGUUUGUGGAAAAUGUUAUUCUCGUAAGGAUUCCUUACAGAGGCACAUUUCCCGCUGUUGCCCUGAAUUGUCUGGUGAAUACAGUGUGCAUGUUUGUCCUAACUGUAAAAAAACUUUUGGUACUCAGCUGGGCCUACAGAACCAUACACUGAACUGUGGCAAGUAUCAGUGUGGAGCCUGUAAAGUGGCUUAUUUCUCCCUCAAAGAUCUAGCUGAGCAUGAAUGUGCUGGCAAGGUUUUGAAUGAAAAAGCCAGUGUUCAGUUUCCUUGUAAAGAGUGCAACAAAACCUUUGCAAGCAUUGCUUAUCUAGUACGACAUGAAGCGUCUCACCAUGGAGCAUUUAAGUGUGACCUUUGUGAUCGGAUCUUUAUUCGUAAAGAAGAGCUAAACUGGCACACUCCUGUUUGUACUACUCGGCAAAAGAUUCAACAGGAGGGCAGUGCUCCGUGUGAGACUUGUGGGGAAGUUUUCAGUGAGUGGCUGGCCUUUAAAGAACAUCACAUGACUCAUACUCAUCCUCACAGAUGUGACAAAUGUGGCAAGAGGUUUAUCAAGAUUGGCACACUUCACAACCAUAAAUGUGAGGCAAUAGGUGAAACAGGCGCUGACCAAACCAAUUUAUUAGCCUGUGAAAUUUGCCAAAAGACAUUUAAAAAUGAGCGUUACCUGUCUCGUCAUCUAUCUCUGCAUGGACAGCCGGAGUUUGCUUGUGAAUUUUGUGGCAAACUGUUUACUCGUAAGGAUUACCUUAAUGACCAUCAGUGUCGGUUACCUAAUGGAACAACUGUUCGAAUGGUUCGCAAAAAGAAUCGUCUUUUCAUUAAAGACAAUUUGGCAUGCCCAGAUUGUGGGAAAUCUUUCAGUUCACGCAGCAAUAUGAUGAAGCAUUUGAAGGUACAUGGUGAGAAACAGGCAGAAUGUCAUAUUUGUCGCAAGAAAUUUCAUUAUGAGAACUAUCUGAAGCUGCAUAUUGCAACAGUUCAUGAGAAGCAGUACCAGUUACAGUGUACACAUUGUGGCAAAGUUCUUUUCUCUAAGACUGGCUUGAUUGCUCAUAUCAAACAAUUCCAUGCUGACACCAUCAAGCUGUACCCAUGUCCUAAGUGUGGCAAAACUUUCAGACAAAAGGGAAACAUGAAAACUCAUUUAAUUUCACAUACUAAGGAGAGGGCAUAUAAAUGUGAUGUUUGUGGCAAGGCCUUCAAGUACCCUGAUCAGUUAAAUAGACAUAGACUAGAACAUACACUCCAGCAAAAGUAUUCUUGUGAGCUGUGUGAUAAGCAAUUUGUCAGGACAUAUGAACUGAGAAAUCACAUGCGUAAUUAUCACAGUGGCUAUGUUUAUGUUUGUGGAGUCUGCCAUGAAUGCUGUGCACAUAGACACACCAUAAUCAGACAUUAUAAGCGUAAGCACCCAGAAGUUGGAAAUGUAUUUGAAGAGAAGCCAGAGUUCAUAGACUCCCUCCAGAAGCCUGUGACAGCAGCCACUCAAGCUCGCAUGAUGAUAGAGAAUGAUGACAUCAAGCCCAGCAUUGUCAGGGUUGGUCUGCCCAGGUCACAUGAGAUCAUUGUUACCACUGAUGAAGAUGGCAACAGAACUUAUUCGGGUGGAGAAGUCAUCUUGCAGCAGGGUGUUUCUGGUGAAAUGGUUUCAAAUGGAGAACAGGGCAUUCAUAUUGAAGGUCCAGGUGGAGAGUCGACUGUUUUUAUCUUAAAGGUUGUCAAUCAAGAUGAGAACGGGGCUAUACAGGAAAUGGAGUUGACAGAAGACACUAAGGCACAUCUGGCACAGUUGCUACAGGCACAUGGUGCUGGGCAGGACACAAUCACUCACAUACAGGUUGGAGACCAAACCCUGCAGAUCCAGAGGGAAGAGGAUGAUGGCAGCACCAUGCUAGAUGAUGAGCUGGAGCAGAUGGAGGGCGUGCAGGACAUCAAGUUUGACCCCCAGCAGUUGGCCCAACUGACCCACCCAGGGGAGGCUGUGGUCUCUAAGCUGACAGCCUCUGGUUUGGUGGACGGAUCUUCUCAGCUGACUGCUCUCCACGCUGUACAAGCUGGGGGGGUGGUGGGCAUGGAGGGGGUGCAGGUGGUGGAGAUGGAAGGUGGGCGGCUGGGCCAGAUCAUCCACAUGGAUGAGGAGAUGGGCUCAGGUGUGGGCAUACAGAUGGAGAGUGGCCAGGUCAUUCACCUGGACCAGAGCCAGCUGCUGGAGAUGGAGGAGGGGGGGCGGGUGGUUGUGUCAGGUGACUUUGGGUCUCAUCACAUGACUGGUCUGCCAGAGCUCAAGGUGACCAAGCGGCGAGGCACCAAUGGAGAAAUUGUGGUGGAGGUGGAAGGUCAGGACGGUCAGAUGGUUGACCUGAGCCAGGCCCUGCCUCAUGCUAAUGGGGAGGGUUUGGAAGUGGAGGGGCAGGAUGAAAUGGAAAUAGAGCAAGAGGGGGAGGUGAGGAUGGAGCCUGACCUUGGCAUAGACCAGGGUCAAACAGAGGGGUAGCUCCUGCAGCAUUAGAUCCACCCAGACAUCUCAGACUUUAUGCCAAGACCUGGGUACCCGUUCAUUGUUGAAAAGUUGUUUUUUUUUCUACACUUCCAACUGGAUAUUUAUUCUACAAUUGUACACUAUUGAAUCUAUUGUUGCUGUUUACUUGUACAAGUAUUUGUUGAUAGUGUAAUCAAGCUAUUGGUCUUAUCUUGGGAAGGAUUAUUCACACAACUACUUCUGAUGCCUAGUCCAAAGACUUUAUACAUUGGCUUAUAAACAUUAUCAUUUGUUUUUCCAUGAAGUUUAAGGGAAAGUACAGAAAUAGCAGUAAUAACGGGUUAUUAUAUCUCUUGUGGAUGCACAUUAACAUUUUGUAUACACAAUUUGAUUUUACACAUCUGUGCACUUCUGUUCAAGUUUUUUAGUUUUCUUUACAAAGAGUUUUGUUUCUUUUUCUGUUAUUUAUCAUCAAAAGUGAUAUGAUUUAAAAGCUUACAAAAUAGGGGGGAAAAACACAAAAUUCAGUAAGAUAAUUCAGUUUGGAUUUAUAAAUACUGGAUACACACUUCAAAAGUUUGUUUUAUAACUCAGUUUGUAUGUAUGUAGAUGGAGGCUAGUGUGUAGUCAUGUUGUGUGACAGGUACACAUGUUUACCUAGUACAGUCUUCUAUGCAUGUACCAGCUGUACACAUGUCAUCACCUUACAAUACAUUCAAGUUUCUUCUUUACCUAGCAGUAAAUUUUCUCCUAAAACUCAAGUCAUAUGCAAGAAUGAAUUUUAAAGCCCUGAAAUCCUUUUUAUUUUGUUUGCGUGGACUUAUCUGAGUGGAGUGGGUGUGUUGAUGGUGUACAUAAAUUGUCUUUAUGAAUGCUAUGUCUGUUAGU